AUGAUUAUGAAGAUUAGCAUCAUCGAGCUUCCUUGGCCCGAGUUCAAUUCACACUCUCAAAGGCACCACCGCUCUCUAAGUGCUAUGGCGUCCUGGGGAUCGCCGAGGCCUGCCAUUGCAAUGAAGCAAGAUUCAACUGAGCUGUUUAUUGCAACGUUGUUAGCCGGGCUCAUCGCCCAUCCGUUGAAAAUUUCCAAGUACAAUAUUGACUCAGGCAAAGAGGUGGCGUGGAUCUACAAGGGCACAGGCGGCCGCACAGUGCUCACCGUGGCCACGCAAGUCAUCACCAAGAACCCGAAGGUGUCGGUGUCGCAGGAAGCCCAGUCGUGGGUCCUUAUCAUCAAGAGCCUAACGAAGAAAGACCAAGGCAUCUACAUGUGCCAAGUGAACACCAAGCCGGCCAGGAAUCUGCUCGGCUCCAUUCACGUCGUGGUUCCCCCGACCAUCGAUGACUCCAGAAGCAGCGGUGACGUCACAGUGGAUGAAGGCAAAGACGUGUCAAUGACAUGUGAGGCUCGGGGUGACCCCCCACCUGUCAUACGCUGGGUGAGGGAGGGCGGAGAGAGGUUCAACAUGAACACUUCUCAGACGGGAUUAAAAAUAUCCUACAAUAAUAAAGAAAUCCAAUAUAUCCAUGACCUAUUGGACGAGUAUCUGGGCAAGACGCUGUUCAUCCCCGGCGUGUCGAGGAACCACAGCGGGGCCUUCCUCUGCAUAGCUUCCAACGGUGUUCCUCCCUCCGUUAGUAAGAGGAUCCUGCUUAAUGUUAACUUUCCGCCGAAGAUCCUGGACGAGCACGCAAGUGGGCGUGUGGGCGCCGCGCUGCUGGGCGUAGCGACCAUGACCUGCAAGUUCCAAGCGCAGCCACUGACGGCUGUCCGCUGGUUCAAGGGCCCGAGGGAGGUCAAAGGUCAGAGUGCCUCCGCCGUCGUGGAGACGAGCAAGGGCCAGUUUAUGCUUGAAGAAUAG